AUGCAUUCAGUAGAUAUUGAGAGCCGUGAGGGACAAGACGUUGCGAUAAUAGGAAGGCUUGAAAGAGUCGAGGAUGGAGCAGUGGUCUUGAAAUGCGCCGGAAGAGAAGUACGGGUAAAGCAUCAGGACAUUGGGUCUUAUAAGGCUGGGAUUGUCAGGGUCUGCGGUAUUGUGGAAGAUGGGGUGGUUGUUGAAAAAAGCGUCUGCUCCAUCGGAAGCGAGUUUGACAUAGAAACAUAUGGGAGACUUGUAAAUGCUGCAGCAAAAUAUCAGGAUAUAUUCUGA